AGUAAAAUAUAGAGGACGUUAACCAAUCUUCAUCUUCUUCCUCUUCUCUCACAAACCAAAUCAAACACAUUUUUUAAACCAUUUCUUCUUCGCCGGAGAAAUUUUUCUGUUAAAGUCUCUUUCUCCGGCAAAGAAGAAAAAUGUCUCCUACGAUUAAAGCACCUCUCUUACCAAACCAAGAGCCUUCUCCAUCAUCAUCGGAGAGCCAUGGCUCAUUCGCCGGAGCUGUGUUUAACAUCUCAACGAGCAUCGUCGGAGCUGGGAUUAUGUCGAUCCCGGCUGCGUUUAAAGUUCUGGGUGUAAUCCCAUCUAUCUCGAUAAUCGUGAUCAUAGCUUGGCUCUCCAAUGUAUCAGCUGGGUUUCUGAUGAAAUCGACCCUCGUCGGAGAGUCAACGACUUACGCCGGCGUAAUGAAGGAUUCGUUUGGGAAACCUGGCGCCGUCGCUGUUACGAUUGUUUCAAUGGUUGUCACUUUUGGGUCUAUGAUUAUUUUCUCGAUUAUCAUAGGUGAUGUUCUAUCGGGUAAUGAAAAGGAUGGGGUUGUACAUUUGGGUCUUCUUCAAGAAUGGUUUGGUUCUCAUUGGUGGAAUACGAGGUUCUUUGGUUUGUUGUUCAUCUUUGUCUUCCUCUUCUUUCCUUUAGUCUUAUGCAGACGUGUUGAGAGAUUAGCAUUAAGUUCUGCAAUCUCGUUUCUGCUUGCGCUACUCUUUGUUGUCAUAAGUUCGGUGUUAGCGAUUAUAGCAAUCGUUCAAGGGAAAACAAAGACUCCUAGACUCUUUCCAGACCUCAACGAUGGUGGAUUAUCGUUUUUUAGUCUCUUUACUGCUUCCCCUGUUAUUGUAACAGCUUUCACAUUUCAUUUCAAUGUCCAUCCAGUCGGAUUUGAACUGAAAGAUCCAUUAGAUGUGCUGUCAGCAACAAGGGUCUCUGUGAUUCUGUGCGCUACAAUCUACUCAGCUACUGGUCUUUUCUGUUACCUUCUGUUUGGGGAUUCCACCAUGACAGAUGUUCUAAUAAACUUUGAUCAAAGCACCAAUUCUUCCAUUGGUUCAUUACUAAACGACAUUGUUAGAGUCAGCUAUGCCAUUCACCUCAUGCUUGUGUUUCCUCUACUCAACUUCUCUUUAAGAGCCAACCUCGACGAACUAUUGUUCCCUAUGAAGCGUUCUUUGGUGGAAGACAACAAAAGAUUCUUCGGACUCACUUUUCCAUUACUGAUAUCUUGUUUCUUGGGUGCCAUUGCUAUACCAGACAUCUGGUACUUCUUUCAGUUCUUAGGAUCAACUUCUACAGUCACUAUAGCAUUCAUCUUUCCAGCUGCUGUUGUCCUAAGGAAUGUAAAUGGUUUCUCGACUUUAAGAGAGAAGAUUGUAGCUUCAGUAAUGCUUGUUCUUGCUGUUGCCACAAGUAUCAUCGCCAUUUCGACAAAUAUAUACACUUUCACAGCAACAGAAGAGAUAUGAAAAGCUUUCAGGAGUCUCUUUUCUUCAUCAAUUUGUUAAAUAUGGUAGGGCUUGUGUACAUUUAUCCUACGUUUGUUUGAUGAAACAAUCAUUAUUGAACCAAGUAGUGACAUCAAAUUUGCAAAACUGUAAUGUGAUAUAAAUCAAAUUUCUUUUUCUUGCAAA